AUGCAGUUCAAAAAAUCAUCACUUGUCCUUCUGGCGUUCGUCCUCCUGGCUGUAUCUGUGAAUGCUCAAGAACCUUCAGCAUCACAGGAUCCUUCAAAUCCCACAACCUCACCCGCUACUUCACCUGCAGCAACCACGCCUGCCACCACCACUCCAGCAGGCGAACCCACUUCACCUAUCAUUGGCAUUCCUAGUGUUGUUGAUCCAGGUCCCACUUCUCAACCAACAGCGGCGCCUCAUACAUCCAAUUCCGCCAAUCCGGGCCUUCCUAAACCCAAGCCAACAACUCUCGUACCCGGUGCAAGUACAUCAUCGAAUUUGUCACCGACAGGGUCUACAUCAGCAGCCCAACCCACACAAACCAAGAAGGAAUCGAGUGGCUCAUCAGGUGAUCUUCUCGCUGCUGGUAUUGUUGUUGGAUCGAUCGUCAUUGCUGCUGCCAUUGGAAUCUGGGUUUUCCGAAAGUGGAAGCUUUCUCCUUCUCGAAACUUCCAAUCCAAGAUUCGUGGCGAUGAUUAUCAGGACUACCCUCGUAGCUACGAGUCCGACACUGUGUUCUUGCGCAACCUAGGAGAUCAACCUUCUGAGCCUGCACCUGCCAAAUCUCCAUACAACGCCGGAGGCUCAUUGCCCGCGGAUAACCAGCAAUACUAUGAUUCGAACAACUAUACCAAUGAUCAAGCUGCUGGAUAUGGUGCUCAUGAUGGAUAUGGCGGUUCUGCUCACGGUGGAUAUGAUCAUCAAACUGGAUAUGAUCACCAAGACUAUGGCCAUGGAGGAUAUGACAAUGCAUACGCAGGUCGUGGUGAUUAUGCGGAAUCGCAAGUUGGAGGCGGAUAUGGUAAUGUUGGGGGUGGAUAUGCAGCCUCAAAUGUCGGAGGUGGAUAUACGGCUCCGAAUGUAGGCGGCGGAUAUGCUGCUUCUAAUGUCGGAGGAGGAUACCAACAUCAAGGAUAUGACGAGUAUGCCCGACGAUAA